CUUUAAAAUGGUGGAGCUUGACCACCUCUCAUUCAACGUUACACCAGAGGUGAGAGGGGACAUCACUGUGACCUGUUGGCAACCAGAUUUUCUCAUUGAAUAUCCUGUCAUGGGUAACUCGGCAUCCACCGGCUUCAUCACUCCUACUCCUAAGAAACUGUCUUGGGGACGCCUGAAAGAGGACACAGUCAAGCUGGAGGAUUUCUUGACACAAUAUGAAGAGGACUUCUGGAGUGUUAAAACAAAGAAAAGCUUCUCUGUGAAAAAGGUCCACCUCACACACAGCAUCCGUUAUGCUGACCUAGCUGUUCAAAACAGUGAGAGUUUUUAUCCAAACAGGGACGGAAUGCUGAACCCUGCUUUUGUUGGAGAUCAGGGUCCGUGAACUGCUCAACUCCAUAUGGACAAUUAAACCUACACAAAAACUCAGCAAGAAGAUCCUCAAGGAUUUAAUAUUCAAAGAAGCAAAACCUGUGAUAUUCCUGUAACAUGAUUAUGUCUGUCAUAGAGGGCUUCAGCUAAGAGAGUGAUCAUUCUCACCACAAGACCGUAGGAGUGAAAAAUAGAACAGGAAGUGAGCCCUCAGUGUAACGUGAGAGUGGAGAAUGAAGCAAAAGUAGAGAGGUGUUCUUUUUAAUUUUGCACUGGGUGCAAAUGCAGUUUUGAUGUUGAUGUAAAUCGAUGUUAAGAUAAUAAUACGCGCAGGACACAAGACAUCCUGUGACUUCAGGAUCUGUAAACAUCAAGUGAGCAAAGAAAAUCCUUUCUUGAUUCAUCUGCAUCAGUGAUAGACACAUACCAGUGUAAGGUCUGACCGUGAGAGAACAAGAUGGAAACUCUGUUUCUCUUCCUUUUCCUGAAAGUUAUUCAAGCUGAAGCCUUGUCUUGGACGCUUCAGGUGCCAUCUUCAGUUAAAGGCCUCCCUGGAUCCUGUGUGGUGAUUCCCUGCUCAUAUAACUACCCUGAUCCGAGGAAGACGGUCACUCAAUUCACUGGGACUUGGCAUGAGGACACAAAUAAGCUUAUCUAUCACCCUGUUGCCUCUGAAAUCACGCAGCAGUAUCAAGGUCGAACCGAGCUGCUGGGAGAUGUCAGACAAAAGAACUGUUCACUGAAGAUUGAUCCUCUUCAACAAAGUGACCGUGGGCCUUUUCAUUUCAGGAUCGAAAUUGGAAACUAUGACAUUUUUUCUUACCUGCAGAACAAAGUCUCCAUUACAAUGAUAACUGAACCAAAUCCCAUCAAUUUCUCUGUGAAAGAGGAAGUGGAGGAAGGCGUAAAGGUGUCUGCGUCCUGCUCUGUGUCUCACUCCUGCCCCGCCUCUCCCCCUGUCUUCACCUGGAGUCACUCUGGACAAGAACAUUUCCAACCACAGCAGCUUGAAAAUGGCCAGUGGGAAGCAACGUCCACGCUGACCUUUCAACCCACCCGCACUGAUAACAACAAGCCUUUACAAUGCACCGUAACAUACAAGGGAGGGCAGCACCAGAAAACAUCCAAGGUCCUCAACGUAAAAUAUGCCCCUGUGAACGUGAAGGUUGAAUACAAGUCAAAUGUAAAGGAGGGAGAGGAUGUGAGGCUGAAAUGCACCAGUGAUGCUCACCCUGCCAGCAACUUUGAGUGGCGAAGUGACACUGGUGCUCAACUGCACAAGGGAAACCUCUACAUGCUGAAAAACGUCUCCAGACACACAGGUGCCCUGUAUUGUAUUGCCAUCAACAAAAUGGGACAGGGCAGAUCAAGCCCUGUUCAGCUCAACGUGUCAUAUGCCCCUGAGAUUAGGAAUGACUCUUCCUGCUACUACUGUGUGGUAAACAACACGGUGGGCAAUGCCAACAUCACACUAACUUUACCGGAUAAAAGUGAGAUACCGACUCUUUAUUUUGCCAUCGCCAGUGGAGCUGCAGCUGCGAUUUUGGUGAUACUAAUAGUGAUGGCAGUGGUUAAGAAAUGUAGGGGGAGAUCUGGAGGUGUGCCACCAUCUCAAAUGCAGACCAUGACAGCACACAAAACUGUGGCGGUCCCCAACUACUCUACAACACCAAGGAAAGAGAUGUGCUAUGAUGAUGAACAGUACCCUAGCAAUGAUCAUAUAUAUGGCAACAUGGAGACUGAAUGGACAACAAACGAUGAUGCAAUAUACACCAAUGCAUAAUAUGAACAAGAACAUUCCUGAUUGGUCCAGGAGAACUGCUGCAGUCCAUCUGUGUGUCCUCUCACUGAUGUGAUUAUUAUGUGGGUCAAGACAGUUACAACUGUUAAUGUGCUAUUUUCUGUACAGUACAUUUCACAUAUAUUCUGUUCACAUAUAUUUUUCAAAAGUACUGUGUUUGAAAAUAAUCCUAUUGCUCAUGAUCUUUUGUGUCUGCAUGUUUUUCUGUAGUCCAGAAACAAAACUUUAUUGCAGUCACCUGUUCUAUUUGUUGUUUUAGUGCUUUUUGUGAAGCUUUAUUGUCUGUUUUCUUGCCCACAGUGUCACUAGGUUUAACUAUUUUAGUUUCUACCUUUUCUGUCUGCAUCUCUCUCCCAGCUAUUUAACUUUUUACCUGUCUGAGCAAUAGUCUGAGUGCUUGUCUGAGCGGAGGUCUGAACUGGUCCUGCGCUACUGGAUUCACUGUCAGAUGGCGGCCAAUCUAAGGGAGGUGCAGAGGGUCCUGCAGUUACUCUUAUAUCUGUAUCCCUGACUGUAACAUCAGUGUUCAGCAGCGCGGUGGCAUAUUCUAUAAACGACCAUAAACUGCCAGUGUGAUUAGCUGUUCUUUUUGCAUGAAGGCCAGCAAUUUUAAAAACACAACUCUCACUAAAAGGAAACCAUGGAUGCGGGUGCAAAUUAGCCCAUGCAUAGCACAUGGCAGCAGCUUCUUUUUCCACUUGGUUCAGAUGUUUAAGCUUGAUCUGACAUAUUUCAGAAUGUUUCAGCAUUAUAGCAUUACUAAGCAGUGGGAGAGUGUUGGAGCUUAUCUUUGUGCAUAUUUUGUAAAUUUCAUCUAUUUUUGAUAUGACCAUUUUAACUUCAUCUGAGUCAUCUGGGGACCCAGAGAAAGACACACGUUGGCUUUUAGGUGUCUUUGGUGACUUUGGAGAGCAGACUUCUGAUGCUAUCUUUUCCCACUGUGAUAUGCACUUGCACAUUUACCGAUAUUCCUAAUCAGCUGUCCUUUUCCUGGAUUUCAUGAUGUCCGUCAUCAUUUUCAUCUUUUUGGAGGAGAAUGACCCAGCAAUUGGCCAUUCUCCGUCAGUCCACAUACUUAUUUCAUAAAUAAAGGGCAAUACAAUGUACUAUCCAGCUUCUAAAGCGACAUCUUUGUUUGCCUUUUGUUUUUCCCUUCAAAUCUGGUUUAUUUUGGAUUGUAAGUGUUUAGGAAUUUCCGGAAGUGUCAUUUCUAUUGCCUGAGCUUUAGUGUUGUUCGAGGCCGUUUUAGAGGCACAUUUCAUUACUUACUGAACGGUAACAAUGGAUGAGGAUCAUAAACCAAGAAACAAAAGGAAAAAAGGUUUUGUACUUACAGAUUUUAGAAGAGAUGGAUGAGAACAACAAACAGUAUCAUAUGAGUUAGAGUAACAUGAGGUAGUUUCCUGUAAGGUAACUAAAGCAGCAUCAACUUACACAAUACAACAUAUAUUUCAUACAUUCGAUGCAACUGGAUGCUCUUGUGGGUUUACAUUUAGAUUGUGAAUUAAAGGCAUCUGUGGUGGCUGUGGGAUUACUACACCACACUCAGAGUGUGUUUCUCUCCCUCCUUUUUCUCUCUGCUGCCAGAGUGAGUCAUGCCCUAAGCACACUUCAAGCAAGGGAAAAACAGUCACUGCAAUUCACAUAUAUUAAGCCAAAUAUUCCUUUUAAGUACAAUUUCUAAUUUGUUUUUUUGGAAUAUUGUCAAGAGGCACACAGGGUAAGACAAAGAAAAUAAAAUAAUUCUUAUUACUUACCCAGUGUCCGUCUGUCUUGGAUUCCUUGCCGACAACGGCAGUUUGUUGGAGAAAUCUUGUACUUGAUCAAUAUCUGUCCAAUAUACACUUUGA